AUGGCAAAUACAGAAAAUGAAUGGGAAAUUGAGGAGGGGAUCCCUCAGUUUGGGGAUCCCUUCAUUCAACAAUAUCUAAAAGGACGUGAUGCGUUGGUUAUGGAAGAGCGAAAGCGACGUCACGAUGCAAAUCUGCGUAAAUCUUUAUCACCCAUCGCUGCCCGGGCGGCAAAGAUCGUGUCGCAGAUCCGAUCUCAGGAGCAAAACGAGGUGUGGACAAAUGGAUUAGAUGAGAGUGUCGCUCACCAAGUAGAUGAGAUUCUGUAUCCCGGUGUCAUGUUCAAUCUGGCCAAAGGCCGCAUGGAGAAAACUAAACUAUGGAAGAUUGUCGAAAAGAUGCCAAAGGGGUCCCUCUUGCAUGCCCACAUGGACGCCAUGUUCGAUAUUGAAUUCCUGAUUGACCAGGCAUUCUCCACACCGGGCAUACACAUGUUCGCACCCAAACCCUUGAUCACAGCCAAGGAUUACGAAGCAGCGCCCGUGUGUUUCCGGUAUUCCACGCAGCCUCUAGAAGCAUCCGAGGACAAGCCAAGCAUUUGGUCGGAGACAUACGAGGCCUCGUCAAGGCCGCCUCCUCUUUCCCCAGGGGGAGAGAAGGGCUUCCGGGAAUGGUUGACCACUCGAUGUAUUAUUGCGCCAGAGCAUUCGUAUCAUCACCACCACGGCGUUGAUGCGAUUUGGUCCAUCUUUACAAAUACUUUCCCCAUUGUCGACUCUCUCUUGAUGUACGAGCCUAUCUUCCGUGCGUGUUUCCGCCGGUUGCUAGGCCAGCUUGCUCAGGAUGGAAUUCGAUAUGUGGAGUUCCGUAUUGGAUUUGUUUUUGAAUUCCGAAAAGAAGGAAACGACCAACAUGAGGAAAAUUACUUUGAGUGGUGUCGCAUGGUGGAAGAUGGCAUUGCUCAAUUCAAACAGACGGAUGAAGGGAAGGACUUCUACGGUGCUCGCAUCAUCUACACUACGCUGCGGUGGUUCACCAACGAGAAGAUUGUCGAUAGCAUGAAGCAGUGCAUCGAGACAAAGCAGGAGUUUCCCACUCUGAUCAGUGGGUUUGAUCUUGUUGGCCAAGAGGAUAACGGUAGGCCGCUAGUUGACCUUGUCCCGGUGCUAUUUUGGUUCCGAAAGCAAUGUGCGGAAGCAGGGGUCGAUAUUCCCUUCUUUUUCCACGCUGGAGAAUGUCUCGGCGACGGCGACGCGACAGAUCACAACCUAUUCGAUGCCAUCCUUCUUGGCACUCGACGAAUUGGCCAUGGGUUCUCGUUAUACAAGCAUCCUCUGCUCAUUGAUUUAGUCAAAGAGAAGAGAAUCCUCAUUGAAUGUUGCCCAAUCUCGAACGAAGUGCUCCGCCUUGCUAGCUCCAUCAAAUCCCAUCCUUUGCCCGCGCUAUUGUCCAGAGGCGUCCCCGUUUCGCUGUGCAACGACGACCCCGCAAUUCUUGGCCACGGAAGGAAUGGAUUGACGCACGAUUUCUGGCAGGCUUUGCAGGGACUCGAAAAUGUGGAUUUGAUCGGCCUAUCAAUGAUGGCCCAAAACUCCAUCCGGUGGAGCUGUUAUGAAGACCAGUCGACCGCCGACUGGAAAGCUGGCAUUCAAAAUGGGGUAAUGGGGAAGGGAUUGAAAUCUGAUCGUCUGCGGGACUUCGGCUCGGAUUUCGAGAAAUUCUGCGAGUGGAUUGUGCUGGAGUUUGCUGAAUUCGAUGAUGGGGAUGAUUGA